GGGGGCUAUUCUCUCUCCCAGGAACAUGGCGGCGAGUCAGGGAGGUGGUGGUAACAGUGGGGGCGGCGGUUGUGGUGGCGGUGGAAGUAGCGGUGGCAGUGGCGCAGCCGGAGGAGGAGGUGGCGGGGCCGGAGCGGGAGGUAGCGGCGGCGGUGGCGGGACGCUGGUGGUGCCCAUCCCGGUAGCGACUCUUUUCGGUCAGCCGUUCCCCAAUGGGCCACAGUGGAACCCGGGGAGCCUGCAGCCUCAACACACCGUGAGGAGCCUGGACAGGGCCCUGGAGGAGGCGGGCAACUCCGGCAUCCUCAGCCUCAGUGGCAGAAAACUCCGGGACUUCCCGGGCAGUGGCUACGACCUGACGGACACCACCCAAGCAGAUCUUUCUAGAAAUCGUUUUACAGAAAUUCCUUCCGAUGUGUGGUUAUUUGCACCUCUUGAAACAUUAAAUUUAUAUCAUAAUUGCAUCAAAACUAUUCCUGAAGCCAUUAAAAACCUGCAGAUGUUAACAUACCUUAACAUUAGUCGAAAUCUUUUAUCAACAUUGCCAAAAUACCUAUUUGAUCUUCCCCUUAAAGUUUUGGUUGUCAGUAAUAAUAAACUGGUAUCCAUUCCAGAAGAAAUUGGGAAGUUAAAAGAUUUAAUGGAGUUGGAUAUUAGCUGCAAUGAGAUUCAGGUCCUACCCCAACAAAUGGGAAAAUUGCAUUCACUUAGAGAGUUAAAUAUAAGAAGAAAUAAUCUUCAUGUUUUGCCAGAUGAACUAGGAGAUCUUCCCUUAGUCAAGCUGGAUUUCUCUUGCAAUAAAGUGACUGAAAUUCCAGUUUGUUACAGGAAGCUGCAUCAUUUACAAGUAAUAAUUUUGGAUAACAAUCCAUUGCAAGUACCACCAGCACAGAUAUGCUUAAAAGGUAAAAUACACAUAUUUAAAUACUUAAAUAUCCAAGCAUGUUGUAGAAUGGAUAAAAAACCAGAUUCCUUGGAUCUUCCAUCACUGAGUAAACGAAUGCCCUCUCAGCCUUUCACAGACAGUAUGGAAGAUUUUUAUCCUAAUAAAAAUCAUGGCCCUGACUCUGGAAUUGGAAGUGAUAAUGGAGAGAAACGAUUAUCUACAACGGAACCUUCAGACGAUGAUACAAUCAGUCUUCACUCUCAAGUCUCAGAAUCAAAUAGAGAUCAAACAUCAAGAAAUGACAGUCAUACAAUAGGAAAUAAGCCUGAUUCUCAGAAAGAUCAGGAGGUGUAUGAUUUUAUUGACCCCAACACAGAGGAUGUAGCAGUUCCUGAACAAGGAGAUACACAUAUUGGAUCACUUGUCUCUUUCCUUAAGGGAAAGGAAAAAGGCUGUGAAAAAUCUCAGAAAAAUGAAGAAUUGGGGAAUGAAAAAAGACAUGAGAAAGAACAGUUACUUGCAGAAGAAGAUGAUGAUUUGAAGGAAGUAACUGAUUUGAGGAAAAUAGCUGCGCAGUUACUAAAGCAAGAACAGAAGAACAGGAUUCUCAGUCAUUCAACUUCUGUCAUAAGAACCAAGCUGAAACAAACUGUGGAAUGUGAAAAGAG